ACUACUUCUUAUUUGCUAGUUUAUUCUAAUUGAAAACGAACCGCUCACUAUUACAUUACCGCUAAUACUUGGCGCCCAUUGCUUACACUCUGUAUUGUUUCAUUCGGCAACGAUGGCCGGAGCUAUUACAGUGUGCCGGACGCAGCUUGUCAAACGACUCCCAAACUUUCGCGCCAAAAAUCAAAGGCAAAUCAUUUCCAAUCGAAUCGUGUUCGCUGCCGCACCGACGCCACAAUCUCAAAGCACAAUGCCCGAACAAAAGUGUGUGCUGAAGUUUGCUAAACUUUCCGAGCAUGCGUUUGCUCCGACGAAAGGUUCCGCCAAAGCUGCCGGAUAUGAUCUGAGAAGCGCGUACGACUAUACCGUCCCCGGCCGUGGCAAACAACUGGUGAUGACCGACAUCCAGGUGCAGGUGCCCGAAGGAUGCUACGGACGGGUAGCUCCACGUUCCGGGUUGGCCGUGAAAAAUUUCAUCGACGUUGGAGCCGGCGUCGUCGAUGAGGACUACCGCGGCAAUGUAGGCGUCGUGCUGUUCAAUCACGCUGAGGCCGAUUUCGAGGUGAAGAAAGGCGAUCGUAUCGCACAGUUUAUUUGCGAGAAGAUUGCCUAUCCUGACCUGCAAGAGCUUCCGUCGCUAACGGACACGGAGCGCGGUGCGGGAGGUUUCGGAUCGACCGGCACCAACUAAGCGGGCCCGUAACACGAUCGUGCGCGUCACAUUUUUGCCAUUUUGUCACAUUUCCAUUUGUUGUAUAAGUUUAAAUAAAAAAAUGUUGUAAUAAAACAAAACCAAAAUCCACUACUUA